AUGAAGUUCACAACAGCAGCAACACUACUGUUCUCGGCCAGCUUAGCGGCCGCCCGGCCGUUGACGGCUAGAGGUCUGAUAAAUGACGCAGCAGGUCAAACAUUCGACUACAUUGUGGUGGGCUGCGGUGUAUCUGGCCUCGUUGUUUCUUCACGUUUGAGUGAAAACGAGGACGUAACGGUCCUCUGCCUCGAAGCUGGAUCCCUUGAUCAUUAUGAGGAUGAGAUUCUGAUUCCGUACUAUAUCGGUCUGCAACCCUAUGGCUUCUACGAGUGGGGAAUAUAUACAGUGCCUCAAAAUCAACUAGACGGCGUGAGCCGGCACAUUCCCCUGGGCAAAGGGGUGGGUGGAGGUUCUCUCAUUAACGGUAUGGUAUGGAAUCGAGGAAACCAACGGAGUUUCAAUGCGUGGAAUGAUGUGGGAAACUCUGGAUGGGGUUGGAAUGCCCUUCUCCCUUACUUUGAGAAGGCAAGCGGAUCUCGGAACCCAGGCAGAGCAUCAUCAGCUAACCUAUCCUGCUCAUUACAGAAUCCCGCGGUCCACGGCACCAGUGGCCCGGUCCAGGUUUCUUAUCCGAACUAUUACUGGCCGCAGACGGACAACUGGUUUGCAGCACUGCACGAGCUCGGAAUCCCAACUUCUGCCGAGCCCAAUGAAGGGUUGACCGCGGGAGGCUACUUCUUACCGUUAGACAUCGAUCCCAACAACCAGACACGCUCUGACGCACGUCGCUCGUACUACGACCCUAACAUUGCACGCGACAAUUUCAACGUUCAACCCAACUCCCAAGUAACCCGGAUCCUGUUUGACCAAGGCGACCAAUUGACAGCUACGGGGGUCGAGUUCGCAACCGGCCCGUCCUCGCCACGUCAGACAGCGUAUGCCUCCCGCGAAGUCAUUCUCGCUGCGGGCGCGAUUCACAGCCCCCAACUGCUCGAGCUCUCGGGUAUUGGGCAGGCUUCUGUGCUUCAGGCUGUUGGCAUUGAGGUGCUUGAAAACCUCCCGGGCGUCGGCAACAACCUCCAGGACCAUGGCAUGAUUCACCUGGACUACCACUAUACUAAUCCGUCCGUCAUGGAUAUUGGUGAUUUCGCCAGCAACUCAACCUUCAAUGAUGAAUCCGCUGCCGAGUACUACGCCAGUAAAACCGGCCCUUGGACGGCCAAACCCAGCUGUGCAGUUGCAUUUCCAUCUCUACAACAAGUCACCGAUGACGCAGCAUCCAUGCUAUCGUCCGCUAGCUCAGCGCCCUACAACCUGCCAUCGACCUACGAUGACGAGCCGACACUGCAAGCCGGAUACGAGCGUCAGAUUUCCAGCGUGCUUGAUGAGCUGUCGAGCGAGGACAUUCCGGCGUUCGAGAACUUGAACAACAACGCGGGCGGGUUAGAUCUGGCUCUGAUGCGACCACUCUCCCGCGGAACCACACAUGUCACAUCGACCGACCCCUUCGCUUCUCCGAAUGUUGACCCGCGAUGGCUAGUGCAUCAGUUUGACUACGAUGUGAUGAUCCUCGCCAUGCAGGUGAACCAGCGCAUUCUCGACACGAACGCGAUCCAGGAGCUCCAGCCUUCAUAUAGCCAGGUGUCUCAAGAUGCGUCGGUCGACGAACUCGGACAGGUCUUGCGGGCCGGCAUCGGGACCGAAUUCCACUACUCAUGCACAACAGCCAUGUUGCCCCGGGAUCUCGGCGGUGUGGUGGACAACGAGUUGCGGGUGUAUGGGACGAGCAAUCUCCGGGUCGUGGAUACAGGCAUCUAUCCUAUGGUGCCGGGAGCACAUCUGCAGGCUGUGGCGUACGGUGUUGCCGAAAAGGCCGCCGACUUGAUCAAGGCCGCCCAAUAA